AUGGACAAAUCCCAACCACUUGUGGUUGCUCCUGAUCGCUCAGCAAACCCCUUCCACAUGCCCAAAGACGUGGAUUUCUUCCUGCUGAGAGACCAAGAGCGGAAGAAGGCUCUCUUGGAUCGGCAGCAGAAGAAAAUCACACCGGUGCAGGAGAAGAUGACUUACUCCUUCAAGGCCAAGCAAACCAGCCGGCUGCGAGAGCUACUGGAGGAGGAUGUGGAGGAGAAAGAGGUGCUGGCCAAGGCCAAGCAGCUGUGUGCUUUCCGCAACAACACAUCCUGGAAGCUCACUCUCACCAAAGCUGAAAAGAGAACGGAGACAGAGAGCAUACCCAACUACAUCGACCAGAAGCGACAGAUGUUCCUCAUCCAGUAUGCCCUGGAGAUGAAGCGGAAUGAGAUCAAGCACCUGGAGAUGCUGACAGCCAAAGAGGAGGCCAAGCUGAAGCAGACUGAGAAGUCCCUAGAGAAGGAUGCAGCCCUGUUUGAUGAGUUCCUCAGGGAGAAUGAGCGCAGCUCACUGCAGGCCCUGAAAGUGGCUGAUAAGGAGACCAAAGCAAAGAGAGAGAAGAUCUUUGAGAUCCAGCAGCUCACUGCCCAGAUCAUGAACAUGAAAAGCGAAAUCUCCAAGUUUGAAGACACUUUGAUGCAUUACAAGAUCUACAAGGAUUUCCUGUGCAAGCUGUCACCAAAGGACUGGUCUGAGGAGCAGCAGAAGAAGUUGGCUCUCAAAAAGGCCAAGGAGGUGGCCCUCGCCUCCAGUGAGACCAGAAUGUUCCCCACACCAGGGGACAAAGCCCCACCAGUACCUCCUCAAGCAGGCCUGUUAUCUUCACACCUCCUUAACCACUCCGUGUGCCUGAGACAACUACAGGUCCUCACAGGCUCUGAAGCAGAGGCCAAGAUCAUAUACCUGAAUCAACUCUUGAAAGAGGACUUCUUCAAUGUGGCUGACCUUCGGGCCCCACUGGACUUCCUACUUCCAGAUGUAUUUCGCUCCCCCCCCCAAGAUGAUGAGAUGGAAACAGAUAAGCAGGAGAAGAAAGAAGUCCCUGAGUGUGGCUUUCUCCCUGGAAAUGAGAAGAUUGAAGAUGGAAAUGACUUUGGUGUGGCAAUUCAGGAAAAAGUGAUGGGGAGAGUGAAUGCAGUCAAGACCCAAGUGGAAGCCUUAAAGACAACCAUUUCCAAGUACUUUUCAGAAUGUGGGAAUGCAGUGGCCAAGUCUUCCAGGGAGACCCGUGUGAUGGAUUGGUCAAGCUCAGCCUCCCUCUUGGCACAGGAGGACCCAGAGAGCGAGGGCGAGGAGCUGGAAUUGUACUUCAUGGAACCACAGCAACUUCUGGAUGUCUUCACCAAGCUGGAGGAGCAAAACCUCUCGCUGAUCCAGAACACACAGGAGAUGGAGGAGACCCUGAAAGAGCUCAGCUUCACUCUGAAGAAUACCCAGAAUCACAUGGACCAGGAGGUCAACCAGCUGAAGGAGCGGAUCACCACAAUGAUGAUGUCCAUUGCCAAGGAGGAGGAUACAGCCGCUGAGCUGGAGCUCAAGGCUAGAGUUUUCCACUUUGGAGAAUACCAGGGUGCUCAGCAGGACAAGCUGCUGGACAGCCUCAACCGCAAGGUGCUGGAUGUGUACCAGCACUGCAUCGGCCCCCUGCAGGAGGCCAGCCUGGGCACAGUGCAGAUGCUGACCAUCAUCGAGAACCAGCUGGAUGAACUGCUCGAGAGCCUGGAGAGUGUGCCCCAGUCCAAGAUCAAGCAGGCAGAGAAGGCCAAAGAGAAAGAGCGCCGCCUGAGGCAGCGGGAAGAGAAGGUCCAGAUGCAGAAACAGCUUCAGGAGGAACGUCUGCAGCGAGCCAGGGCCCGCGCCUGCAUCGAGGUCAAGAAGGUAGGUGGCAGAAAACUGGUGUGCCGUUCUCAGCCUCCAGCUCUCAAAACAAAGGAGGAAUCCCAGCACAUGUUUAUGGAGAAGGAGAAGGAAGAGCAGCUCUUCUUCACUUAG